AUGACACAAAGACUCGCUCAAUUUUUCAGCAACAUAUUUCUUUCAAAAUCUCACUCCACGUUUUUACUUCAAGCACUGUUCAACCAUAUAGUUAUGCCAGCUGAACCUACUAAAUUAGAUAUUAUUGAUUCAAAAAUAUCACCCGAAGUACGUGCUGCUUACAACUCAAAAGUUGCUCAGUUUCAACGUGACUCCAAGUCGUAUUGGCAAUUUUCCAUCGUACCCAACAAGUUUGUCCAAUCACUUGACGAGACUGAUGACACCAAAUUCAACUACCUUGAUCAACACUUUGGUAAAAUUGGUGAAUGGGAUGACUUGGUUGAGGAACUUCACCAAUUGAACAAACAAGCUGAUAAAGAUACUCAAUACAAAAUCUUAUUUCUAGCUCGUCAUUACACUGGAUACCAUAACAUUGCCCAUGCUAAAUACGGAGAUGAUGCGUGGAAUAACCAUUGGUCGAAAUUAAAUGGCGAUGAUGAAUAUACAUGGGGUCCUGAUGCUGAAUUGAUACCAGAGCUGAUCGAAUUAGCUAAAAAGAAUAGUAAGUUGGUGGCUAAAGAGUUGGAAAAUAAUCGCCAUCAAAAUAAAUCAUUGAUUACGCCACAAAAAAUGUACGUGUCACCAUUAAGACGAUCAAUUGAUACGUUGUAUUACACGUGGGACCCUAUUGUCGAUUUACAUCAUAUUCAACCAUACAUUCAAGAAAACUGGCGUGAGACUACUGGUGUACACACUUGCGACAAACGUUCGACAAGAUCAAUAAUUGUCGACAAGUACGAAAAAUUGGGUUUUGUAAUAGAACCAGGCUUUACAGAAGAGGAUGAAUUGUAUCAAGAUAAUUACCGAGAACUGUUUGAUGAACAAGCAGCAAGAAUGAAUGUCGCUUUGCAACAAUUGUUUACGGAAAAUCAUGGUAAUGGAGUUGAUAUCGUUGGGAUCACUAGUCACUCUGGUAGUAUAAAGACUCAAUUGUUGGUGUUGGGACAUAGACCAUUUGCCGUACAAACUGGAGGUAUGAUUCCCGUAUUUGUAAGAGCUGUUAAGAAAAAGGGGGGACUUUCGGGUGGAGAAGCUGGAAGCAGUUGUAAGAUAUUGUAA